AUGUCGUUCCCAGCAAUCCUACGCAGCUCGGGUGUGGGAGACCGAUUUGCGCAUCUUCGUGUAGCUGCUCAGAAGGAAGCCGUCGCUGCCGCCCCUGUCGUGCCCAAGAAGAACAAGCGGGACGAAAAGGAGGGUAAGCGAUGGGUCAGGCGUAGGGAGAAUGCCCGUUUCGCCGGCAACGCACACAUCGUGCCGCCGUCGAAGCGAGACUAUGCGGUCCCCCUUCCCUAUACACAACCCACCUUCCCCCAGCCUCUGCCGAAGUACCUCUCGCGCAAUAACGCCAUUCCGCCGGUGGUGCCCCCUGCCUAUGAGCCCAGCUCUGCCAAUGCGGGCCGCUUCUCCAUGAGCCUCAAGGGCAUGCGCCGCGUGCUGCGCAAGUCCGGGCCGCGGACGGAGCUGCUCGUCAAGGAGGUCGAGGAUGAAAUACUGCUUUGGCUGGAGAGCGGCGGGGUCAUGUUGUCGCCUGAUGCAGCUGCCGAAAUGUCGAUCCCUGGAUCGCCGAUGGGGAGCUCGGACCUCAUCAAGGAGGUCCUACGGACGCCCUUGCAGCUGGUUUGGUCGAUUGCCGACGAUGGCUUCGUACGGUACGUCGUACACUGCUGUGCGCGCUACCAUGAGGUUGUCAGCUUCAGCAAAGACACAUCAGGUCAACGUCUCACCUACCUCUUGCGCCCAAACAUCACGCGUCCCAAUCCCCACGCAUCCGCGGCCCUUGAAACCCCUCCAAUGACAGACCUAGAAUCGGCAGCCUCUGUGUUUGAGUUUGGCAGCGACUCUGACCUCCUCUCCGAGAGCGACUUCCAUUCGGAUACGGGCAUCGACUCCGACGUUGACGGCGACACUGGCUCGCGUCCCAAUCCUCACCUCGCCCCCAUCGCAGAGGCCUCUGUGCCUCCGUCCCAGCAUGUUUCGCCCAUGCCAUUAUCACAAUCGCUGAUGACCGAUGACGGGUGGUUCGCCGUCGACGGCGGGUACGCGGACGCAGAGGACAGUGAGAUGGAGCAAGGCCUCUCGGAUGGAGUGCAUUCGCUCACACUGCAAGACGCCGACAGUACACCUCAAGUGGUGCCGCAGAUGCGCCAUGCAGCAUUCCGUUCCCGCAUAUGGGAGCGACAGCGGCGCUCUGCUUCGUCACCCUCGCGCUCGCCCGCCAGGAGACAGCCUCAGAGAGUCUAUCGCGUUGAACCCCCGCGUGUCCAGCAGAUUUCGCCUCGACGCUCGUUUCAUGACUAUUUGUUUGGUUGA